CCGAUAUGAAGGUUUUAUUACUAACACUGGUAUGCGCGGCUGCGGCGGCUCAAGUGACGGCGGGGGCUGCGUCGACGGCGAUUGCUUGGCCUGGAGCCAUACCGGUGGCCAGCGCUUUCCAGAAGACCAUCGUCACACCGCAGACGAAGACCGUCGCUUAUGCUACCACGCAGUACAUUAAUGCGUUGCCGUUAUCGUACCAACUAGGAGUUCGGCCACAAUUGGCAUACCAGUUUCCUCAAUUGAGCCCCUUCGUCCAGCCUGCUUAUUAUCCAGUUGGAUCCGCCACAUACUUCCCUUCAAGUAGUAUCUACUACCCGUCAGUGGCUCCGGUUGCUUCGUAUCCCAUCGCUCCGAUUGGUCCAAUCGCUCCGGCUGCACCUGAGCAACCAUCCGGAAACCCACCAUCGACACCAGAACAAUCGCAAGGCGAUGCCGACACUUCUGUAGUAGAUUCCGCGGAGUUCCCAACACAACAGCAAGACCAAUCCAGUCAAUUACAGUCCACCCCUUCAUAUUCUGACUUCCCACAAACUCCUCAAGAUUCUGAGCCCUCUUUCCCUCAGAACCCAGAAUCAUCAUUCCCACAGACCCCAGAAUCAUCUUUCCCACAAAAUUCCGAGCCAUCGUUCCCCCAGAACCCAGAGCAGCCUUCAAAUCCCCAGAACUCACAGGAAUCUUCUACUCCCCAGACACCCCAGAACGAUCAACCAAGCUUCCCUCAAGCCCCUGAGGGCAGUCCUUCAUUCCCGCAAUUCCCACCUGGAUCGCAAUUGCCGUCUUUCCCACAAUUCCCUCAGGAUUCUGGAUUGCCAUCGUUUCCGCAAUUUCCUCAACAAGGUUCAGGGGGUUCACCUUCGUUCCCGCAAUUCCCUCAAAUCCCGCAAUUCCCGCAAGGAUCAGGAGGUUCACCUUCCUUCCCCCAGUUCCCCCAACUGCCGCAAUUCCCGCAGUUGCCCUCGAAUCCGUCAUUCCCUCAGCCUUCACCGAGCCCUCCCUCUUCCUUCCCAUCAGGCGACAACGGUGACAAAGGUCUGAAUGAUGAGGACACGGUAUCCAUAGAAUCCGCCUAAGG